CUUGUCACACCACACAGCUCACAGCGACAGUCACAACCACAAUGGCGGCGGCGAGGGUGCUCCUGCCAUCCUACGCCGCUCUCGUCAUCCUCCUCCUCGUCCUGCCCUCCAGCGCCGCCGCUGGCGGCACCGCCGAUGGGUCGGAGGAGUGGGGAUACGUGGAAGUCCGACCAAAGGCGCACAUGUUCUGGUGGCUGUACCGCAGCCCCCACCGCGUGGACAACGGCACAGCGCCAUGGCCGACCGUGCUGUGGCUGCAGGGCGGCCCGGGCGGGUCGGGGACGGGCUACGGCAACUUCAUGGAGAUCGGGCCACUGGACGCAGACCUCAAGCCCCGCGCCACCACCUGGCUUAACAAGGCCGACCUCCUCUUCGUAGACAACCCCGUGGGCACGGGGUUCAGCUUCGUGGAGGGCGGCAACCAGAGGCUGAUGGCGCGCACGGACGCCGAGGCGGCGGGCGACCUGACGGCGCUGCUCAUCGAGCUCUACCGUCACAAGACGCGGCUGCAGGGGAGCCCACUCUACAUCGUGGCCGAGUCCUACGGCGGCAAGUUCGCCGUCACCACCGCCCUCGCCGCGCUCAAGGCCAUCCGCCAAGGACGCCUCCACGCCAAGCUUGGAGGUGUGGCCCUCGGUGAUAGCUGGAUUUCACCCGAGGACUCCGUGUUGUCGUGGGGGCCGUUGCUGUACCAAUUGUCCCGUAUCGACGAGAACGGACUGCAGCAAUGCGAUAGCCUGGCGCAGCAGAUCAAGGCGCAGCUCAAGGCGAAGCAGUACGCGGCGGCCGAGACGUCGUGGGCGAAGCUCGAGUCGGCCGUCCACCAGCACAGCAACAACGUCGUACGCACAGUUCAUAUUCCUUUCCUGAUCUCUGUCCCUCUUCUUCCUCCGUCCCCGAGGAAGAACUUCUACAACAUCCUCAAGGACAACUCGGCGGCGGACGCGGCGGCCGUGAGAAAGGUGGGGUACGCGGGCUACCUGAGCUCCAAGGCGACGAGGGAAGGCGGCCUCGGCGGCCUCAUGAACACCGAGGUCAAGGCCAAGCUCGGCAUCGUCCCCCGAAACUUCACCUGGGGAGAGCAGUCGGGCGACGUGUUCGAGGCCCUCAGAGGCAACUUCAUGAAUCCUAGAAUCCACGAGGUUGACGAGCUCCUGAAACUUGGCGUGGAGGUGACCAUCUACAGCGGACAGCUCGAUCUCAUCUGCGCAACCAAGGGAACACUGGACUGGGUCCAGAAGCUCAAGUGGAAAGGCCUGAAGAAGUUCACGGACGCGCCCAGGAAGCCGGUCUACUGCAAGGGCGGUGAGGCGGCUGGCACCCAGGCCUUCGUCAAGUCGUACAAGAACCUGAAAUUCUACUGGAUACUCGGAUCCGGGCACAUGGUACCGAUCGACAACCCUUGCCCUGCACUCGAGAUGCUGGGUGACAUUACACAAUCUCCUGCUCGGUAGAAAGAAGAAGAGGAAGAAGACGACACACCACCCAGCCUGACACCAACAGAAGAAAGAAUUUGUUUUUCUUUUUUCUUUCCACAGUUAACAUGGCGGGCAUUUAUGGGAAAAGAGAGACAUCUGUUUGACCUUAUAACAGACGGUACUGGUGCUGUGGUGCAGCUGUGUUACUUUUCGGUGAGAGGGUAUAAAUAUAAUCAAAAAUCAAGACUUAUUGCAUACAGUCCGCGCAGUGGAGACCUGACUGUCAAAAGCACUGUUUCUCUUACAGGUUAUUGCGGUCGAUUGUUUCAUUUCGGUUUUA